AUGGGGUCUGAACCGCGAAGUGCAGCGGCCCACCGGUCGGUUGAUGUCCUUGCAUCCAAGUUGAGACGGCGGCAGAUUGUUGGUUCGAGAGCUACAGCUCUGGAAACCUUGCUCGUGUUGCGACAAGUCAUUGCUAAAGCACGUUUUGCAAAUCUUGAGCAACUGGUGGAGAUCAUCCGUGGCGUGGGUCGGAGGCUUGUUGACGCUCAACCAAAAGAGCACUCUGUCGGAAAUACCGUUCGAAAGGUCCUCCACCAUAUUCGAGAAGAACACCAUGCAGCCACCCAAGGGACAAACGUCGCCGCAAAGCCCACAUCUUUCUCGAUAUCCAAGUUCGUACUGCAGGGCCAGCCACGAAAACACGCUGCACCUCAGAAGUCUUCCGAGAGCAAAGGCACGCUACGGGAGAACGAUCCCGAUGACCCCGAUUCGUUUGCUCGGGGCUUGAAGCCAGUUCUUAUGGAGGCCAUUCAGGACGUCCUUGAUGAACUCGAAACGGUAUAUGACAACAUCUCGAAAAAUGCAAAGGAUCAUAUCCACUCAGAUGAAAUCAUUCUGACACUCGGAAUGUCAAAGACAGUCGAGGCCUUCCUCAAGUCGGCGGCGCAUGCACGGAAUUACUCCGUAAUUGUAGCAGAGACAGCACCUUCAUACGAUGGACGCGAAAUGGCUAAAUCACUGUCAACAGCCGGAAUCUCCACUUUCCUCGUUCCCGACUCUUCAAUAUUCUCCCUCAUGUCUCGUGUCAACAAAGUCAUCCUUGGAGCUCAUGUCAUCCUCGCGAACGGCGGCAUGUUCGCCGUCAGCGGGUCGCUCAUGGCUGCCACAGCAGCAAGAGAGCAUAGCACACCCGUCGUUGUCUGUGCAGGUCAAUUUAAACUGACGCCUUUGUGGAAUCUCUAUCACGAGUAUGGUGCUCUUGAUUUUGGAAAUCCGACGGAUGUGCUCGGGUUCGAGAAUGGCGACCUCGUAGACAAGGUCGAUGUUGUGAACCCUUAUUAUGACUACGUUCAACCUGAGCUGAUUGUCGCGUAUAUAACAAACGACGGCGACCACCCUCCAUCAUCAAUUUACCGGUUACUGAAAGAAACAUACGAUGACGAAGAUAAUGAGCUGUGA